AUGAAAUCAGUCCUUAUUGCUCUUCUUGCUAUUGCUGUCAUCGCUGACGAAGCUUGCGUCAAAGAAAAGUGCCCCAAAGAAUACAAUGCUUGUGUUGCUGAGGUCUUUGGCUGUGCUUCAAAAGCUUUAAACUGCAAAAAUAAAUGCGGAGAAACAGACCCAUGCUAUCGUGACUGUGCUUAUGAAUCCAAAAACAAGAAAUUGAUUGACUUAUAUGAAUGUGGACUUAAAUACUGCCCCAACACUGGAUAUUGGGAUCUCAUUCUCUAAGGAUGUAAUGUCGAAUAAUGCGUUGCUGAUUUCUAAGCUGAAUGCUUAUAAUCCGUUAACCUUAGAUCAGUAGAAUGUUUGAUGGGCUUUUCACAAAGACAUCCAGAAUGCGAUUGCUUAAACGAAUGAUGCUAUAUACAGUUUAAUAUUCAUAUAUAUCACACAUAAAAAAGAUUGUUCUAA